AGGCUCAGCUUCCUCUCUCGUGUCCUGCUCCCAAAGGUCAACAAUCGCCCACCUUCUUCCACUCCCUCACCCGUCCUCGCAGCUCAAUGUCCCACAGCAGUCUCGAGAAUACGCGUCUCGGUGACGUCGUCCGCGAAAAGGUCCACGACGGCCGCACCGGUGAGAUCAAGGAACUCUGCUACACCGAAUGCAAGGUCGUCGGAAAUGGAUCGUUCGGUGUCGUGUUUCAUACCAACCUCCAGCCAUCGGGCCAGGAAGUGGCCAUAAAGCGCGUGCUCCAGGACAAGCGUUUCAAGAAUCGUGAACUGCAAAUCAUGCGUCUGGUCAAGCACCCCAACGUUGUCGAUCUCAUCGCUUUCUUCUAUUCAACCGAGUCUGGUCAGGAGGUCUACCUCAAUCUCAUCCUCGAAUUCAUACCCGAGACCGUCUACCGGGCCUCCCGUCACUUUUUAAAACUCGAGCAAACGAUGCCUAUGCUCGAGAUCAAGCUCUACAUCUACCAACUCUUCCGCUCACUCGCGUACAUCCACUCGCAGGGCAUCUGCCAUCGUGACAUCAAGCCCCAGAACCUUCUCACCGAUCCCAAGACAGGGAUUCUCAAGCUGUGUGAUUUUGGAUCGGCAAAGAUCCUCGUGGCUGGAGAACCCAACGUGUCUUACAUUUGCUCGCGCUACUACCGUGCGCCUGAGCUGAUCUUUGGUGCUGCAAACUACACGACCAAGAUCGACGUCUGGUCGACUGGUUGUGUCAUGGCCGAGCUGAUGCUCGGAAAACCCCUCUUCCCCGGUGAGUCUGGAAUCGAUCAGCUUGUUGAGAUCAUCAAGGUCCUUGGUACCCCGACGCGCGAGCAGAUCAAGACCAUGAACCCCAACUACAUGGAGCACAAAUUCCCUCAAAUUCGGCCUCACCCCUUCUCGAAAGUGUUCCGACGAGGACCCCCUGAUGCGAUUGAUCUCAUUUCGCGAUUGCUUGAAUACAAUCCCAACCAGCGUCUGUCGGCAAUCGAGGCUAUGUGCCACCCAUUUUUCGAUGAACUCCGCGACCCCUUCACACUGUUGCCGGACUCUAGACAUCCUAGCAAUCCGCCUCGUCAAUUGCCUCCGCUCUUUGAUUUCUCGCUGCACGAGCUGUCGAUCGCGCCAGAGUUGAAUGAGAAGCUGGUUCCACCACAUGCACGGGCUGCUUUACUAGAAAGAGGAAUCGAUCUCAAUAACUUUACUCCACUGAUGCCAGAUCAGAUGAAAGUCACUCUUGAGUGA